AUGAAGAUGCUAUCUCGUGCCAAUGUCCCUACAGUCGAAGCAGGCUCAUUCCCACUUCCAAAACCUCAGCCAGCGCCGCGACAAGCCACUUCGCAUUUUUUAACACCAAGUGAUUCCGCGUCACAGAUUGGCCUGCCAACCGAAGGGACAACCUCAUACAGAACCGGCCCAACAGAUCAAGCGGCCUCGUCGCUGUCCAAAUAUUCCGGCCCUUUAUUUCAUCCACAACCAGCUCCGGUGGUUCAAUCUGUGAUGCCGCCUCCAAGUUACGUCCCUAUGACAACGGAUCGUGAUCAAGAUCGCCAACCAGUGCGACUGUCCAACAUCGGACAAUGGCCGAAUGGACAACUUCCCAACAAUCAGACCGCAAGCUCACGAUCGAAUAUCUCGUUGAGUACCGCGACUACUCUGGUUAUGCCGGCCAAUCAAUCUGAUGGCCUUCGCAUGGCUCCUAGCCGCGGUAACGUGGCCACCUCCGUACAGACAGGUCGCUCCGCAAGGGAGGUGGACCCUCUCCAAAUUCCACAAUCAGUGACAACGCAGUUGGUAGAUGAACAGGUGAGGCUGGGGCUCCCUCCAAAACGAGAACUGCCAUUCCAGAAAGUUGUAAAGCAUGCCGUCCACGAACAACGGCCGCAGACGGAGAUCGAUAAGGAGCGAGGACUGGAUAAUGAUGAUUCCCAGUCUGUGACUUCGACCGUGGCAAAGGGGAAACGCAAACGGGGCGUCCCGCAGAAGUCCACGAAGACCCCAGGAGCUAAAAAGCCUCGAGCUACAACAACGCGGAAGAAAGCUGGCGCGAAUUCAGCGAAGAACGACACGCCUGUCCCUACUGUUGAGGAACUGCUUCAGCAACAGGGCGACCAUAUGCGCCGACGCACUGGACCAGAGCAGAAGAAUUCUUCGGUUGAAGUCAAACAAUCUCGAACCCAUGGCGACGCCGCCCAGUCAAUGGAAAUACCCGACUCGACCGACUGUUCGACUGGCCCACGAGUUGGCGGCGAUAUUGCCGACGCCAGUCCGUCCCUUGGAGGUGGCUGCAUCACCCGACGCAUAACGAGGUCCGCGUCCAAAUCCCUCGCUUGCGUCCCUGUCGAACAGGCGCGGGAGGAGAGGACAGUAGAAAUCGUGGAUCAGGGGCUUCCAUGCACACCCGCUGACCAGGUUGUCGUACCACUGACUCCAGACUCGCCGGCCACAGAUACAAACAAGUCGUCAAUGGCAGCACCCGCACUGCGCUGCCGAGAAACCGCGUCGAAUCCAACCAGAUUUACUCGAAGCCAUCAAACCACCUUGGACUUAACCGAACCUGAACAUAUUCACCCAACCGGAUCCUUUACAUGUGCGGAUCCACCACCAGUGCAACCAUCAGCAGAUUCGCCACAGCCUAACCUAGAAGACCUCAAUUACGCCCAAGCCUGUCUGGAAGCGGACACUGAGUUCGCGCAGGGCGAGCAAAGGCUCCAGGCAUGGACCGCGCUGCCCUCUGCCACGCGAGUGCCGGCGCUACGAUCGUACUUCUGCCGGCUUAUCAUGGACCCCGGCUUUCCUGUUCUAUGCAAGACCCUCAGUUCCUUCUGGGAGAGGGAGAUCUUGGAGCGUCGCAUUGAAGAAAUCUCGGGACACGCAGAUGUCGCGAGAGGCGAAGAGAGCGAAACUGGUGUGUAG